UCCUAAAGGGGGGAUUUGGGGGUCCUGAGUCUGUCCCAGGGGGAUUUUGGGGUUCAUUCUGAUUUCGGGGUCUCCAGGGGUGCUCUGGGGGUUCACUCUGAUUUUGGGGGUCCCCAGGGGGUUUUGGGGUCUGUCCCAGGGGGGUUUUGGGGUUCAUUCUGAUUUCGGGGUUCCAGGGGUGCUCUGGGGGGAUAUUUGGGGUCUGUCCCAUGGGGUUUUGGGGUUCAUUCUGAUUUCGGGGUCCCAGGGGUGCUCUGGGGGUGCAGCCGCUGCUCUGAGCUCGGGGACGUCGCUCGCUCGGUCCCGGCCGGGAGCCUCGGGGCCGCCAUGGCCACGGCCCUGGGCUACCUGAGCGCGGCGCUGCUGCUGGGGGCUGGCGUGGAGGGACAACUGCUGAGGGACAAGUUCGGUGCCACCCUGGACAGUGUCCCCACUCUGUCCCCAUGUCCCUCUCGUGUCCCCAUAGGUUCGGUGCCACCCUGGACAGUGUCCCCACUCUGUCCCCAUGUCCCUCUCGUGUCCCCACAGGUUCGGUGCCACCCUGGGCGGUGUCCCCGUGCUGGCCGCUGUCGCCUGGCCCUGGUGGCUGCCGCUGCUGGGGGCGGGGCUCUCGGCGGGGGGGGCGGGGCUCCAGGCGCUGCUGGGCGGGUCCCGCCUCCUGCGCGCGCUGGCGCGGACACGGGCGCUGCCACUGCCGCGCUGUCCCCAUGUCCCCUCGGUGUCCCCUCAGGCUCUGUCGCGGCUGUGGCCGUUGUUGGUGACCCUGCUGACCGCAGCCCUGGGGGUGCUGUCCCCGUGUCCCCAUGUCCCCUGGGUGUCCCCGUGUCCCCUGGGUGUCGUGUCCCCUGGGUGUCCUCGUGUCCCCUGGGUGUCCCGGUGUCCCCUGGGUGUCCCCAUGUCCCCUCGGUGUCCCCUCAGGCUCUGUCGCGGGGCCGGCUGUGGCCGCUCUCGGUGACCCUGCUGACCGCAGCCCUGGGGGUGCUGCUGGGCUCGCUGGACCUGCUGGCCCCGGUGCUCUCUGUGCUGUGCCUGACGUCACACCUGGGGCUGAACCUGGCGUGUGCCCUGCAGGGGCUGCUGCCCACGGCCGGCUGGAGCCCGCGCUGCCCGCUGUACCACUGGUCGGUGUCCCUGGCCGGGGCCCUGCUGUGCCUGUCCCUGAUGUUUGUCACCUGCUGGCACUGUGCCCUGCUGGCCCUGGGCAUCGGCGCCACCGCCUACAAAUACCUGGAGUUCCGCAGUGCCCAGACCGAGUGGGGGGAGGGGCUGCGGGGGCUCUCCCUCAGCGCUGCCCGGCUGGCGCUGCUGCGGCUGGAGGAUGGACGGCCCCCUCCCCCCAGCCUCAGGCCGCAGCUGUUGGUGCUGUCCAAGCCCGGGGACCCUCCCGGACCCCCCCCCCGGCCCGAGCUGGUGGCACUGGCCGCGCAGCUGCAGGGCGGGGGGCGGGGCCUGACCGUGCUGGGGGCGGUGCUGGGCGGGGCCUUGCACGAGGAACUGCCCCGGGCACGCGGGGCCGAGAGGGCGCUGCGGGUGGCGCUGGCCCGGGCCGGUGCCCGCGGGUUCGUGCAGGUGCUGGUGACCCCCGAGCCGGGGGCGGGGCUGGCAGCGCUCGUGCAGGGGGUGGGGCUGGGGGCGCUCCGCCCCAACACCGUCCUGCUGGGCUGGCCCCGCCGCUGGCGACAGCAGCCCGACCCCGCCAGGGCCGCCAGGGACUUCGUGGAGCUGCUGCGGGUGGCAGGCGCGGCGGGCCGGGCCCUGUUGGUGUCCAAGGGCGGAGCUGAGCCUGACCCGGCCCCGGGGCUGUCCCCGGGGUUGUCCCCGUGUCCGGGGCUGUCCCCGGGGGUGUCCCCGGUCCCAGAGGUGUCCCCGGGGGUGUCGCCGCGGGGGUCCCUGGAUGUCUGGUGGGUGGUGGGCACCGGGCGCCUCCUGACGCUGCUGCCGCUGCUGCUGCGACAGCACCCGGUGUGGCGGGGCUGCCCCCUGCGCCUGUUCAUGGUGGCGCUGCUGGAGGACAACAGCGAGCGGCUGCGGCGCCUGCUCGAGGCCGUGGUGCGGCGCCGGGGACUGCCGGCACAGGUGCACGUGGUGGAGCUGCACGACGGCGCUGUCUCCGAUUACACGUACGAGCGGACGCUGAUGAUGGAGCAGCGCUCCCAGAUGCUGCGGCAGCUGCGCCGGGCCCAGGGAGGCCCCGCCCCCUCGCAGCCACCGAGCGCCGCCGAGGAGGAGGAGGGUGGGGGAGGGGAACCGCGGAGAGGGCCCAGCCCGUGAGUGGAACUGGGAGGGACUGGGAUGGACUGGGGGGGAACUGGGAUGGACUGGGAAUGACUGGGAGGGACUGGGAUCAAACUGGGAGGGACUGGGAGGGACUGGGAUCAAACUGGGAGGGACUGGGGGACUGGGAUGGACUGGGAUCAAACUGGGAGGGACUGGGAUGGACUGGGACCAAACUGGGAUGGACUGGGAGGUGAACUGGUUUGUACUGGUCCAUACUGCUCUGUACUGGUCAGGGGCACCUCAUGCACACGGCCAUUGGGGGGGGUGUGGUCAGAGGGGACCGUACUGGUUUAUACUGGUUUAUACUGGUGUGUACCAGUCUAUACCAGUUCAUACUGGUCCAUACUAGUCUGUACUGGUUCAUACCGGUCCAUACUGGUUUAUACUGGUCAGGGGUAACAUCCGCCGCAUGCACGCGGCCAUUGGGGGGUGUGGCCAGUGGGGUCUGUACUGGUCUGUGCUGGUCCAUACUGGUUUGUACCCGUCUGUACCAGGCCAUACCGGUCCAUACUGGUUCAUACUGGUCUGUACUGGUUUAUACUGGUGUGUACCGAUCUGUACCAGGCUAUACCGGUCCAUACUGGUUUAUACUGGUCUGUACUGGUCAGGGGGAAUGUGCGCUGCAUGCACACGGCCAUUGGGGGGUGUGGCCAGUGGGGUCUGUACUGGUCCAUACUGGUUUGUACCGGUCCAUACUGGUUUAUACUGGUUUGUACUGGUCUGUACCGGUCCAUAUUUGUUCAUACUGGUCCAUACUGGUCUGUACUGGUCCGUACCAGUCCAUACUGGUUUAUACUGGUCUGUACUGGUCAGGGGUAACAUGCACCGCAUGCCCGCGGCCAUUGGGGGGCGUGGCCAGUGGGAUCUAUACUGGUCUGUACUGGUUUGUACCGGUCCAUACUGGUUCAUACCGGUCUGUACCAGUCCAUACUGGUCCAUACUGGUUCAUACUGGUUCAUACUGGUCUGUACUGGUCAGGGGGAACGUGCGCUGCAUGCAUGCGGCCAUUGGGGGGCAUGGCCAGUGGGGUCUGUACUGGUCUGUACUGGUUUGUACUG